GUCCCGAUUAGCUUAAGGGAGGUUAUCAUUGGAAAAUCCAGCUGGCCAUUUUUUUUUGACUCAUUGUGCGGCCCUUUUUUGACUCCACAACGAAACGCCAGCAACCAACACAGAUGCUGCUCAGUGACUUUAGCGUCAUCACGCCCUAUGGCUCCAACGUGUCCUCAUGUGGCUACUGCAAGUCCACCAUGGGCUCCCGGACAUACGGCAUGGGCGCUCACCUAAUGACCUGCGAGGACUACCAAAAACUUAUUGACCGCGGAUGGAGAAGAUCGGGGACCUAUCUCUACAAGCCCAAUCUGAGGGAUAGCUGUUGUCCGCAGUAUACUAUUCGCAUGAAGGCGCACGAGUUUGCGCCAUCAAAACACCAACGGCAAAUCGUGAACCGGUUCAACAACUAUGUCCAGGAAGGAGAUGAAAAUUUUGAAAAGGACAUUGCAUCUCGCCUUGAGCAGAGUUCUGAGACCAAGGAUGCCUCAGCUUUGAACACAGAGGUCGCAUCGACUUCACUGACAAAGUCAGUGCCCGAGACAACAGCCUCCAACGACGCAGCGCCAUCCACAUCUGAAGGUCAGGGAAAGAAACAAAAGCCAAGGAAGGCACCAAAGAAUGCCGCAUCCGAUUUGAAGACACGAAUUCGGUCGUCAGAAUACCUUCUCUCACCUGAGAUCACCUCUUGGAAACAUCGCCUCCGAGUCAAACUGGAGCCUUCAUCAUUUACGGAAGAGAAGCACGCACUGUACGUUAGGUACCAGAUGGAAAUUCAUCAUGAACCUCGAACCAAGUGCCAGGCCAGCAACUUUAAGAAUUUUUUGGUCCAGUCUCCCCUUACAGCCACAAAGGCAUCAGACUCGACAGAAGAGGACCCAGGAUUUGGAUCAUUUCACCAGUGCUAUUAUCUGGACGAGAAGUUGAUUGCUGUCUCUGUCAUCGAUAUUCUUCCGUCGUGUGUUUCAGCUGUUUACUUUUUUUAUGACCCGGAUUACUCGGUCCUGUCGUUGGGCAAGUACAGCGCCCAGAGGGAAAUCGCGCUUGUGCAGGCCCUCAGUGCUAAGCCCGGAUACGAGAAUCUCAAGUAUUACUACAUGGGAUUCUAUAUAUUCACCUGCCCAAAGAUGACAUACAAGGGCCACUUUCAUCCCUCGUACCUUUUGGAUCCGGAAACAUAUAAUUGGGUUGACUUCAAAAAAUGCCAAGAGAUCCUCAAGGAUCAGCGGUACAGCGCAUUUGAGAACCCUACCACAACGGACCCACUCUUCGAGGCCAUGAUCCAAUCCAUCGUCAACAAAAAGAAGGGAUCCAUCACUACAUCAUACGACAGCGAUGACGACGACGAUAGUGACGACUGGGAAGACACUGAGGACGACGAAGGGGACAAGAAUGGUAGCCUGGAAAGUGCGGAUGAGGAAGAUGAAGAGGCGGACCUAGAUCCGGACGAGUUUGAUGAUAAGGCACUAGAAAGCUCAGACAACGAACAUACGGCUGACGACAGCAGAGAUGAAAGCGAGCGGAAAAGGACAAGGUUAACAGCACACACGGAGGAGAAUACGGCAGAGGCUGCUGACGCCGAAGCGGCUUCUGAGGCUAAAGCUGCGAGACGGAAGAAGAAAUCACAAAUUAAAAAGGCGUUCCGUACAACGACCUCACUGCCUCCACCGGGAUGUCUGGACCCAGCGAAGAUCACUGAAGCGGACUUGAUAGGCGUCCUAUGCUUGACAAGCAAGACUGUGUUGCGUCCUGUCGUGCUCACGGAUUCUUAUCGCAAUUUUGGCGACGUGAAGGAAGCUGUCGCAGAGUACUAUUCAUAUGUCGGCGAGGAGCUUGCAAACAAGAUGAUUCUGCAUAUCCGCUGAGCUGCUUCUGGAGACACAGUGUUGUCCUGGUACAGUUUUGCAGGUCAAUGGCUCAAAGAAGACAAAGACUACAAUAAAAUGAAAACUAG